CGAUUUUUUAAGCUUGAAAAUCAACCACUUCAGCGCUAAGCCACCAUCAAGAGCGUCGAUUGUUUUAUUCUCCACACUGCACACACACACGCGCGUAAUACAUAGUUUUACAGCCAACCCUACAGAAACAGCCAAAACCACCACCAUUAUCACCACCAACAACAGCAGCAGCAGCAUUGAAAGCGACCAACAACUGGCACACAAUCACCGUCAACGAGCCAACCAGCUAACAUCCAUUCUUACCAAUACCAGCACAACUCUCAGCCGAGUUUAAAACAGACUGUAUGACUGACUACGCGAUUGGGCUCUGGUCUGGUCGUAAGCAGCCAACGAAGAAAGAUUCAGUCAGGUGCCAAGCACCGUGCAACACGGACGUGUGUUCAAGUGGAUUAAAACUACAAAUAAAUGCCAAUACGAAUUUUAUAACAAAGUGCCUUCUAACUUUUUUAAUUGUGCAUUCUUGAUAAAAUGAUUUAGUCAAAGCUCAUGAAAGUUCAAAAGUGUUCAAGUACAUAAAUCAAAAACUUCUUCUGGCACGCUGAAAGGACAGACGGGACGUAUGUCGUGUAUUAUUUUAAGCCGCAGCGCAGAAUUGUAAUAUUUAAACAAGUGCUCUUACGCAAAAUACAAAAAUGUAUUAAACAUUUUAUGGUUUUCCAAAGUUAGUUAAUAAAAUUUGUGUUAAAUCAGAGAUUCAAAAUUUCAACUCAACGUACAGGCAUAACCUGUGCGCGCAGCUGUGCAAAUUCGAGGGGAGGCACAGUCAAAAUCAAGAAAUAUAAACAAAAAACUCAAAAAUAAAAAUACAAAUUUUUCCACACACGGCAUUCAAAAUGAAUCACCUUUCGCCUCCGCUCACACCGCAUUCGCAGAAACCAACACAAUCGCCAUCGUUGGCGACAUUCGCAAAUUCUUCACUUGAUGUGAAUCUUGACUCCACGAAGAAUUGGAUACAACAUGCGUCCACUUUCAAUUCGGUUAUUGCAUCGGCGCAGAAGUUAAAUAAUCUUCCCUUUCCAUACAAUUCACUUUUCUACUCCAGCGUCUUAUGGCCACAAUUCCUGCUCUCCUCUACAACAUCAGCGCUUGGCACACCCACCACUCCUACAACUCCCAACUCUCCCGCGUCGUUCGCCAACAAUCGUGACUACACACUCACCCCCGAAAAGGAUCAGGAAAAUGUAGUUGCCCCGCUGCAAGAUAGCAGCAAUGGUGAGGAUAUGCCGCUCAACCUAUCACUUAAGCAAACGUCGUCCUUGAAAAAAUUGUCGCGCUUCAGCCCCGAACGAAGAGAUGAGAGCAGCGAGGCUGGCCAAGUUACUGCCAAUGCUGUCGCGCAAAUUACAAGCACACCGCCACCAUUGCGAGCCGUCAACCUCAAAACCACCGUACCCAAUCCCACCGAGAAUACCUUGAUCAACAAACAGGAACAGCGUUCACCGACAAAACGGCGCUCGCAUAGCUCGCUCAUCUGGUCACCGGCAAGUAUGUGCGAGAAAAGGGAAGCGCCCGAGCCCGCAGUAAGCGUCGACUAUAGUGGCACGUAUGUUAUCGAUCCAAUAGUGCGUAAAUUUAAAUACGAACGUCGCGCCAACUAUCCACGACGUUCGAUUGGCGCGGGGUCUGGUGAUGUGUCGCUCGAAUCGCCACUCUCCUCCACUACAGCUUUGGCCACGCAAUUCAAUACUGCUGCCGUGGCAGCUGCAGCCCGUGCGCAAGAUCUGAAAGCGGCCAAUUUGGAGUUGGAAGUGGCUGCGCAACAACAAAUCUACGCGCAUCGUACCGCCUUCAUGGCCGGUCUGGCGACGGGCAAUAAUUUUGAAAUGUUGCAAGCACAUCUGAAGGAACUGCAGAGUCGAGCGGAUGCUUUCGUGCAAAACAACAACAAUGAAAAUUCCAUGGUAAGCAGGAAUGCAAGUCGCCUGGGAAGGGGUGGCAGCUACGAUAGCCACGAUGACGGCUUGGAACAACUGAAAACAGAAGAAGAUGCGGAUAUGGAUAUGACGGAGGAUGCGAUCCGUUACUCACCUAAUGAUUCGGUAUCCGCGCACGAGCAACAGCAACAGCAGUUGCACCAAUAUGUUGCACAACAACAACACCAACAUCCGGACUCGACGGCGAUCAUUAGCACAGCAGAUGUUCAUCACCGCUCGUACAGUUGCAGCAGCGAAGGCGAGGAGAAGCGUGGGACACGCAACUUUCAGUGCAAACAAUGUGGCAAAUCCUUUAAGCGUUCAUCGACUCUGUCUACACAUUUACUAAUACACAGCGACACUCGGCCAUAUCCCUGCCAGUAUUGCGGCAAGCGAUUCCACCAAAAAUCCGAUAUGAAGAAACACACAUACAUACAUACAGGUGAAAAGCCGCACAAAUGCACCGUUUGUCUUAAAGCUUUCAGCCAAAGCUCCAAUCUCAUCACACACAUGCGCAAACACACCGGCUACAAACCUUUCGGCUGUGGUCUCUGCGACCAGUCAUUUCAACGCAAAGUGGAUCUGCGACGUCAUCGCGAGAGUCGUCAUGAAGAGAGUUUGGCACCUGUGAAAAUGGAGGUGAGCAGCAGUAGUUGCUGAAGACACGCCUAUGGGCCGGAAGAGGCUCAGAACUAUAACGAGACUGGUAGUUUGUCGAUCAUGCCGCGCAACAGGUAUCCGUUAUGGAUUGGAUAAGCGAGUGCGGGUUCGAAGUAUCAGAAAGUGUCAUUAAUGUAGUGAUAUUUCGUGCACACAUUUGCAAACAUUUCGUACAUGCAUACAUAGUAUGCUUAGAAUAUUUAUUGAAGUUAUUUAAAUAGUGUUUAUAUAUAAAGACAUACACACACUUAGUUAACCGCAAUUAGUUUAGUUUACUUACGUCACGUAUUGUGUGGGCCCAGUUGGUCUGAUGAAAUACUAAGUCGUUUAAGCCAAAGUUUUGUACACACAAAUAUACAUACAUACAUACAUAUGUAUAUAGCAUAUAUAUAUGUUAAGUCGAUGAAGUUGAGCGUUUAGGCAAUAUUUUAAUAUAUUUUUAAGCAGUGAAUAUGUGUCAGUGUGUGUUAUUAUAUAGGUCUAUAAAAUGUUCUAAGCCUUUGAUUUUCUAACUGUUUAAGUGUUGCGUGUAAGAUAUUUCGUUUAAGUAAUUAGCAGUAAAGUUAACGUUGGAUGGAAAUACUUUAAGAGGAAUACCUAUUUAUUUUCCAGCCAUUGUCUAGUUAUAUAUUUUUGCUCAUUUAUUUUGCUCGAAUAAUUGGAAGACUAUUGAAAUAGUCAUAAUUGUACAUACAGUUUUAUAAAAAAUUGGACCUUUGAAAAACAUUUGGCCUUCUACAACAUAAAGAAUUAGAAUACUAAUGUUAAAGCAAAAUUUUGUUAAUGACGUCACAGCUAAAUAAACCAAAGAAUGUAUUUAGUUUUCUAAGUUGGAAUUAAACAUUAUUCAAAAUUUCGCUAGAAUUUCAAAUUUUAUGAACUAAUACCAAUUUGAUGAUUUUAUUUUAUAAUUUA